AUGCUGAGCAAGCUAGUACCCGCGAGCCUUGCGCUCCUUGCACAUGGCACUGCAGCCCCGUACAACACCAACUCCAGCCUCCGCAUGAACCAAAUCCAAGUCAUCGGAACCCACAACUCAUACCACCGCGAAAUAUCCCUCGCCGAGCGCGAAAUCUUCGAGAAAUACGUUCCUUCUCCCGAAAGCUACUAUUACUCGCAUUCGUCCUUGCCCAAUCAACUCACGCACCAGGCCAUCAGAUCACUCGAGCUCGAUCUGCACUCUGAUGAGAAGGGCGGCCUCUACUACCCGCCACUCAUCUGGACGCUUUCCAACUUGACGAAUGCUACGACUCCCUUUGAUGGUAGCGUCCUCUUGAAACCUGGAAUCAAGGUGUUCCACGUCACCGACUUCGACCCGAAUGCCGUGUGCCACACCUUUGUGGAUUGCUUGACCCAACUCAAGGAAUGGUCCGACCACAACACGAAACAUGUGCCCAUCAUCAUCGACCUAGAACUCAAGACCGAGGCCCCAGCCUGUGACGCAGGAGGCGUAUGCCCCGGGGAAGCUACUAAUUGGACGCUCCCGCGCCUCCUCAACGUCGACGCAGAAAUUAUGUCCGUGCUACCACGCAAACAGCUCAUCGUCCCAGAUGACAUCCGCGUCGGCAACCUGAGCCUCGAAGAGAGUGUCUUGCAGCACGGAUGGCCGUUCCUGGACGAUGUCCGCGGUCGCUUCAUGUUCUUCUUCGACAACGACCCGUCCUCCGAUCCUAACAGUCCUGCUAAGCUGUACACCGCAGACGGCCACGAGUCGCUGCAGAACCGUACCGUGUUCACUAAUGGCAAGUCUCCCAGGUACAAUGUGAAUUUGUGUUUCCCGCCAAACGAGCGAAGGACCAUCUUCAUCUCCUUAUGA